AUGGGAGCUCGACAGAGGCUCCGAGACUGCAAGGGGCAAGUCCUGCUUUGCUUUCUCUUGGGGACGCUGUGGGAGGCUGGUUCUGGACAGAUCCGCUAUUCGGUUCCCGAGGAGAUGGACAAGGGCUCUUUUGUGGGCGACCUCUCAAAGGACCUGGGGCUGGAGCCACAAGAACUGUCCGAGCGCGGAGCUCGCAUUGUCUCAGGAGGUAAGAAGCAGCAUUUCACUCUGAAUUUACAAAACGGUCAUUUAUAUGUCAGUGAGAAAAUAGAUAGAGAGAGCAUGUGUGGACAAAUCUCUCAGUGUCUGAUGACUCUCCAGGUUCUCAUGGAGGAGCCAGUAAAGUUGGUACAUGCAGAAGUGGAAAUCUUAGAUAUAAAUGAUAAUUCGCCCACCUUCCCUGUGGAGGAAAUUUUGCUAGAGAUCAGAGAAAUAACCACUCCAGGGGCCCGCUUUCAUCUCCAGGAUGCCCAGGAUCCCGACAUAGGCAACAAUUCUCUCCAGAAUUACCUCCUUGGCCGCAGCACACAUUUCAGCCUCAAUGUGCAGACGAAAGCUGGUGGUACCAAAUAUGCUGAGCUGGUAUUGGAAAAAGCUCUGGACCGGGAGGAGCAAGCUGAGCAUCAGCUCCUCCUCAUAGCCACUGACGGCGGGGAUCCGGCGAGAACCGGAGAAACCCAGAUUCGGAUCCGGGUGUUAGAUGUGAAUGACAAUGCGCCCAGGUUUCAGCGCUCUCUCUAUGAGGUGAGCGUGCCUGAGGAUGUGCAAACGGGCACAGCGGUGGUCAAGGUGCAGGCCACGGACCGUGACGAAGGUUCCAACGCCGAGAUAACUUAUUCGCUAAUAAAACUCUCUGAGGCCUCUUCCCUGCUGUUCCAAAUCGGACCCACGAGUGGAGAGCUCAAAAUAGUAGGAAGCCUGGAUUUCGAGGCGGAUCAGUUGCAUGAGCUGGAAGUGCAGGCCAUAGACGGAGGAGGACUUUCUGCAUUGGCCCACAUUUUACUUCGAGUGACAGAUGUUAAUGACAACCCCCCGGAAAUCACCAUCACUUCCCUCUUCAGUCCAGUCCCAGAAGACUCUCCACUUGGGACUAUAAUUGCCCUUUUUAACGUCCAUGACAGAGAUUCUGCAGAAAAUGGUCGGAUCCGGUGUGCUAUUUCCAGACAAGUUCCUUUCGAGAUUUCAAGUUCAUUUGAUAACUAUUACAGUUUGAUAUCAAUUGAAAUACUGGACAGGGAGCGAAUUCUGGGCUACAAUAUCACUAUCACUGCGGAAGACAGAGGGGAUCCACCCCUGACUUCUUACCAAGUGAUACAACUGCAGGUGUCAGAUAAAAAUGAUAAUCCCCCAGUAUUCCACCAAAGUCACUAUUUAGCUUAUGUAAUGGAAAACAAUUUACCUGGAGCUACAAUAUCUUCUCCCAAGGCAAGUGAUGCAGACAGCGAAGAUAAUGCUAGAGUCACUUAUUCAAUUGCCAACGAGACUUUCCAGGGAUCGCCACUCUCUUCCUAUAUUUCCAUCAAUUCUGAGACUGGUGUCCUCUAUGCUCUGCGCUCCUUCGACUAUGAACAAUUCAGGCAGCUACAGCUGAGAGUGACAGCCAGAGACUCUGGGGACCCUCCUCUCAGCAGCAAUGUGACCCUUACUCUGUUCAUCCUGGAUCAGAAUGACAAUGCCCCAGAAAUCCUGUAUCCUGCUUUCCCUACAGAUGGUUCUAGUGGGGUGGAGCUGGCCCCCCGCGCUGCAGAGCCAGGCUACCUGGUGACCAAGGUGGUAGCAGUGGAUGGAGACUCAGGCCAGAAUGCCUGGCUGUCCUACCGUCUACUGAAGUCCACAGAGCCUGGGCUAUUCUCAGUGGGAUUGCACACGGGUGAGAUAACGACUACCCGGGCUUUCCUGGGUAAAGACUCCAUCAAGCAAACUCUGGUAGUAGCUGUCACAGACAACGGGGAGCCUCCUCUCUCUGCCACUAUCAGUAUUACAGUUGCAGUGGCUGAUAGUAUCCCUGAGAUCCUUUCAGAUCUCAGCAACCUAAUGACCCCUGAAUUUCCAAAUGACUCCAAUCUCACAUUCUACCUGGUCAUCGCAGUAGCUGCAGUAUCCUGCCUAUUCUUUUCUUUCAUUAUCCUGUUAUUGGCACUCCGGCUUCGAAGGCGGCAUAUGGAGCUCGGAUCAGCAAGUACCCAUCUGGAAAGUGUUCAAGUCUCUCGGUUCCUGGGCAUAGAUGGAGUACAAGCAUUUCUCCAGACUUAUUCACAUGAGGUUUCCUCUACCAUUGACUCUCGGAAGAGCCAUUUAAAAUUUUCAGCAAGUAAUUCACAGGAAUUUACCAGUAAGCAAGGAUCUGAUCAAAGAGAAUCUAUUAUGUCUUGGGAUGCCUGCAACAAAGCAAAUGAAGAGCAAGCCUUCAUUAAGCGCUGUAUACUUUCUGAGUCUGCGCCUCUGGGCGCCGCUCUUUGCUCGUGCCCAGCCAGACUUGGGUCGGAGCGAAGAGCCACUGUGUUCCAUCUGGACGAUUUACUGCGCAGUCUCAACGAACACAUAAUAGAGGAAAGCUGGGACUCAUACAUUCGGCUUGCCGCCUUCUCCCAUUCGGCCCCAGAACCCAAGGAUUCGCCAUUUCCUGAAGAAAGGGGCCUCUCUUCUUUGACCCGUAACAUCUGGGAACUUCCGAAACCUCGGCUGAAACGGAAGAGGGGUGGGGACAGCAGCGCUGGGCAGAGAGAAGAGACAAUGAGGCCUCGGGAGAGGGGGAAAGACUUGGUGGUGGGGAACCUCGUCAAAGAUCAGGGGCUGGAGGCCCGGGACUUGCCGGCUCUGAAAACCAGGCUACUCUCCGGAGCCGAAAAGGAGUAUUUUACUGUGAAUGUAGAGAAUGGCGGCCUUUAUAUCAGGAUCACAGUCGUGGACGCCAAUGAUAAUCCCCUUGUCUUCAGCCAGGACGUCUACAGAGUCAGUCUGCAGGAGAACCUACCCCUGGGAUCCUCAGUGCUGGGCCUGAUGGCUAUGGACCUGGACGAGGGAUCUCCUCUCUCCUCCAGCAAGACUCUCGCCCUGUACAUCGAUGAAGUAACGACAAUCUCCCUGUUUUUCUCCAACCUUACCAUGUUGCUUACGUCCCUGAGAACAAUCCCUCUGGAGUCUGCAAUCGAGAGUAUCUCAUCCUCUGACCUAGACCUGGAAGUGGAAUGUCCCAUUCUAUCUUCAGCAGCGACCUGGUCCAGCUGCAACUGUCUUCUUGUGCAUCUGUCAAUGGCCACAGUGAGGGCAUCUUUUUACAGCUCUCCAACUAUGAACAAACAGGUCCGAACCUUCGUGACUCUACAGGCCAUGAUGCAGACUCCCCUUUUCUCAGCGCCAAUGUUACUGCGCGAGAUUUCAUUGUGUACCGCGGUGACAACACAAGAUCCGUCGGGCAGUGGACUCAGACUGGCCUACAGCGAGCAGCAAGACGUAGAUCCGGGAAUCUUCAGCCUAGAGCUGCGAAAAGGCGAGGUCAGUAUCUCCAGGGCUUUGACUGACCGAGAUGCAGCUGGGCACCGCCUUCUGGUCUCUGUGCAGGAUAGAGGCCAACCCUGUUUGUCCACUACAGUGUGUCUGCACUUGGUUUUUGCCGACAGCUUGCAGGAGGCGCCGCCUGAGAUGAGAGAUCAGAACGGCAAACACUCGGACUGCACUAACAGCCAGAACUCUCUGCUAUGCAGAUUUUCUGAUGAAUACCUAUUGCUUCCGGCUCAGAGGAGGCAAGAAUUGAUUCAGACACUCCGGUGGAACCGGGACUAG